AUUGAAUUAGUUUAAUGAAUUAAAUCAAGGAUUCCUCUUAGAAUUUAACUAGAAUCUAAUCAACAGCUUUUAAUAUUUAUUUAGUAAAUAUAAAAGAUAAGACAUAUUUUGGAUAUAUACCAAAAUAGGGAAAUUUAAAUAUAUCCUAAUCAAAUGAAUUUUUAGCUGGGGAUCUUCAAGUGCAAAAUGACAUAAAAUAUUUACGAAAAUACAAUAAAACUAUAAGUCAGAGUUUUUAUGCUUUUGAGUCAUAUAAAGAAUACACACUUUUAUCAGAACUUAAAUAAUUGCCAGAAUAAGUGAUCUUAAAAAUUUGUCAAGAUCUUCUAAUUGGUUUAUUUACUCUUCAUUAAAAAGGAUUAUUAGGAAGAUGCUUUAAUGUUAACAAUAUAUUGCUUGUUGAAAAUCAACAUUGUGUUAUGAUGGAAUAUGGAUUUUAUCCAGAUUUAGAAUUCUAAGUUCCUGAAAUUGUAUACAAUUAAACCUACACUGAAAAAGUAGAUAUUUUUUUGUUAGGAAGAGUAUUAUUUUAUUUGAUGGUUGGAAAUGAUUUACCAAAAUUCAAUUUGAGCAAUUUAAGUGAGGUUUCAUCAGAUAUCAAUUUAUCUAUUGCAUAAACUAGUUACUCAGAAGGUUUGAAAAAAUUAGUUAUAUCAAUGUUAUCAAUAGAUUUAAACAAAAGAAUCGAUUAUUCGUAAUUAUUUAAUAAAUUUAAAAACAAUUAAUACUAUCAUCAUUAAGAAUAGUUUUACAAAUAAAAUAUCUUAAAGAAUACAGUUUAAAAAAUUAUUGAUAAAAGAGAGAAGAAUUCAAACAAUAAAUUAGAAGAAACUUCAAAUUUUGAUAUAAUUUAAACUUAAUAAAUCAAGGUAUAAUUAUAUAUUUUGAUUAAUAGAAAAUAUUUGAAGAAUCUGUGCCUAUAACUUCUUAGCCUUUAGUAAUAGAAAAAAAUAGCUAUAUAGAUUUAUCUUAAGGAAAUAGUUAAAAUAUGAGUUCUCUUUAUCCUCCUGAAUCAGAUUGUAAUUAUAAAGCUUUUAAUCUUAUUUAAAAUUAGAUUGUCAGUAAUGUGUAACAGGAUUUAAAUCAAACAAAAACAUAGUAUGAUACUGAAGAAAAAAAAAUAAAGAGUUCUCUUUUGGAAAAUGAUUUAUUGUUAAGUGUACUACCAUUUUUAAAUUCUGACAGACCUUAGGAUUUUUUGAUAUGGAAUCAAAUAUAUUUUUAUUUGUAUCGUUUUUCAUUGAUGACAAGACUUAUUGAGGAAUUGUAAUAGAGUUAACAGAAGAACAAUAAUUAUUUAUUAAAUAUAGCAAUAUAUGGAAUGAAAAAGGCAUAAAUAAUUUUAAAGAGAGAGUAUUAAGUUAUGUUAGAAUAAUGUUAGAAUGUUUAUAAUAUUCCUGAAUAGGAGUGGUUAAAAUUUAUUUAAAGUUCUGAAGAGUAUAAAAAGAUGAUUGGAAAGAUGAAAUUUGACUUGGAGGUUAAUUAAAAAAUGUUAGUAUAGAAGGAUUAUAUAUAAUUAAAGAAAGUGCUUGAAUAGAAUAAAAAUGAUGGUUUAUUUAAAGAAUUAUACAAAUUUAUUGAAAAAUAUUUGGAUGAUGUAAAUUAUAUUAAUAAAUAUAAAUAGAAUUCUGAGAUCAGUAAUUUUGAGGAGAUCAAACGUUCAUAUAGAUAUAUUUUAACAAAUACUUUAUCUUUGUUUGAUAAUUAAGAAGAUAAGAAUAUUUCAUAUAUUAGAUUGUUAAUUUUGAUGUGUAUAUUGAUAAAUAGAAUAUGUGAUGUAUAAAGUAUUCCUCAUCAUUUUAAAACGAUAUGUUAAUUUUAAAAGACUGAUUCAAUAAGUUCUAUAGUGUAAAUAGAAUAAUUCUUAAAGAGAGGUACAAGUAAAGAAUUUAUUGAAUAAUUUGAUGAACUAAAGUAAACAUAUUUUUCAAAUUGA